GCUCUAUACAUCUACCUGUGUUGAAAGUUCGCAGUAGUCCGACUAUAGUACAGUGGUCAGAUGAAUCGUAUUAAUCAAGUGUGGUUACGAGUGAUAUUUUGACAUUAUAUCGUAGGUGCUACAAAAAAGGCAGUAAUGAAAGCUUGACUUUUAAUCUAGGGUAAAUCAUUAUAUUUACCCUUGUGAUAUACUAUUUCGGUGUUUUAUAGAAUUCAAGCACAAUUGGUGAUAACACCAAAGUGUGCAGGUGAAAUAUGUGGAAAAAAUGCGUGAAAAGUGAAAAAAAUAGUGCAACAAAUUUGUGAAAAGUGGUAAAAUUUCGGGAAAAAACGUGCCCUUUAUCACACGAUUUUCUUUCUUUUGAGUUUAAGAUUUAAAUUCAAUCUAUGAAUCGUUUUCAAAUAUACUGUUUUCAAUUACCAUAUUGUUAUUAUUUUCACACACACUUCCAAACGUAUGCUCUUGUUACUGUGAAAACACGAAGAUAAUUGAGUCGUACAAAAUGGCUGAGAACUUUCGAAAGCACAAUUAAAGUGAUUUCAACUUUGAUUCAGAGAGAAAACUAUCUGAAUAACAAUAAUUAUAGUGAUUCAUUCACUAUAUCUAGUUUCAAAAAAUAUAAAAGUAUGUUGAGACGAUAUUGAGCUCCUUAUUGUACAGUAGAAGAGUUGCGCGCGCGUGUGUGUGUUGUGUGUGUGUGUGUGUGUAUAUACAGAAGAGUGAAAAGGAGAGUGUGACUGGCUGAAGGGUGAAAGGGAGUGUGUGACAUGUUCAUCCAAACUCAACAGAUUAAUAGCGUAAACAACAACACCAGCAGCAGUAAUAACAAUACUGCUCAUCAUAACAAAAAGCGUAAAUUGGAUUACAACGUCAGUCAUCCAGCGAUCCAGCACGCAUUGGUUCAAUCGACCGGAGACUACCAAGUAGAUAGUUCUACUUUGCAAAGAUAUUCUGCAAAUAGUACUAGCGCUGCAUUUGUUGCACUGCAUAAUAAUGCACUUCAGAAAAGUCCGAAUCAGCAGACUUUGGUGCGAGCAUCUACAAUCAAGCUCUUAGAUACAUACCAUCGCUGUGGCCAAAAAAGAAAAACUUGGUCAAGGGAAGGUAAUGACGUGUUGGCAGUUCAACCUGCUAACUCAACAAAUCAACUAAGUAGUACAGUAGUGUCACAACGUCAAUCUCAACAACAACAACAGCAACAACAACCAUCCCAUUUCCAAUCACAUCAACAACAAACACAGCCAACGCAGCAACAUAAACAAAAUAUCAUGACGUCUCACAGCAAACAAGUUGGUGCUAGUGGUAAUGGAACUAGUAAUCCGCAAAGUGAUGGAGACUAUCAAUUAGUGCAGCAUGAAGUCUUGUACUCUACAACUCAUCAGUACGAAGUCCUUGAAUUUCUUGGACGGGGUACCUUCGGACAAGUCGUAAAAUGCUGGAAAAAAGGAACCAACGAAAUUGUUGCUAUAAAAAUACUUAAAAACCAUCCUUCAUAUGCUCGUCAAGGACAAAUUGAGGUCUCGAUUCUGUCACGAUUGAGUCAGGAAAAUGCUGAUGAAUUCAAUUUUGUACGUGCUUAUGAAUGUUUCCAACAUAAAUCUCAUACCUGUCUGGUAUUUGAGAUGUUGGAACAAAAUCUUUACGAUUUUCUUAAGCAAAACAAAUUUUCGCCUUUACCACUCAAGUACAUAAGACCUAUUCUACAACAAGUUCUUACUGCACUGCUCAAACUUAAGCAAUUAGGACUAAUUCAUGCGGAUUUGAAACCAGAAAAUAUUAUGCUAGUAGAUCCAGUACGCCAACCUUAUCGUGUGAAAGUAAUUGAUUUCGGAUCUGCUUCUCACGUUUCAAAAGCUGUAUGUAAUACUUAUCUGCAGUCACGAUACUAUCGUGCUCCAGAAAUCAUUCUUGGACUUCCUUUUUGCGAAGCGAUAGAUAUGUGGUCCCUUGGCUGUGUUGUUGCCGAGUUGUUUCUUGGUUGGCCUCUUUAUCCUGGAAGCUCGGAAUAUGAUCAAAUUCGAUACAUUAGCCAAACUCAGGGUUUACCUACGGAACACAUGCUCAAUAAUGCUAGUAAAACCACUAAAUUUUUCUACAGAGAUAUGGAUAGCACGUACCCAUUUUGGCGUCUCAAGACCCCAGAAGAACAUGAAGCUGAGACAGGUAUUAAAUCAAAAGAGGCGAGAAAAUAUAUUUUCAACUGUUUGGACGACAUUGGCCAGGUUAACGUACCGACUGACUUGGAAGGUGGUCAGUUGCUUGCGGAAAAGGCUGAUAGACGAGAAUUUAUUGAUCUUCUAAAAAGAAUGUUAACUAUGGACCAGGUAGAACGACGUAUAACACCUGGUGAGGCGUUAAAUCAUGCAUUUGUCACUUUAGCACACCUCGUAGAUUAUGCUCACUGUAAUAACGUGAAAGCAUCCGUGCAAAUGAUGGAAGUCUGCAGAAGAGCGGGUGAUUUUACAACAAGCCCAACUCAUCAUCAAGCGCCAGCUGCACCUCAGCCACCACCUACUUCUCUAGUUGCGAAUUUCGUUCCAACUACAAAUGGUAGCGCAGUUACUCUCACAUUCAAUAAUCAGCUUACAAAUCAAGUACAGCGAUUAGUCAGGGAGCAUAGAGGCGCCCAAACUGGAUAUGAUAAUUUAUAUCAAAUAUACAGUAAUAAUAGUCGCAGGGCAACCCAGUAUAGUGGAUCAUCUAAUGGAUCUAAUAAUGGACGAAGUGGAGUUCAUGAUUUCCCACAUCAACUUGUACCUGGAAUUUUGUGCCCACCUCCCGGAUACCAGACCAUGUCAAGUCCAGCGAAGCAUGUUGUCGUAACUCAGCCUCCUCAAACGCAACAAGCACCAUUGCAAAUUCAACCAUCGAUUAUUUCCCAACAAGCAGUCGCUGCAGCUACUGCAGCAGCUCAGCAACAAUAUGCUGCAGUUCCUGUUUCUAUGGUAGAAACUGGACGACAAAUGCUGCUAACUAAUGCAGUACAAACAUCGUGGCCUACCGGAAGCCGACAAAUGACAGCUAUUGUUCCAUCAUGGCAACAAUUACCACCUCAGCAUGCAACAAUUCAACAGCCAAUUCUUAGUGAUACUAGUGAUUGGGGAAGACCUCUCAUAGUAGAUAGUUCUGCGAUACUGCAGGAUCAGCGGCCCGUAUUUCCUGUGACCGAAGUUUAUAAUACAAGCACUUUAGUGGAACAUCCAUCACAAACUUGGAAUAAACGUAGUGUAGCUAAACAUCAUCAGCAUCAUCUUACUGUACCCCAACAAUCUCAACACAGACAUGAACACAAAAAAGAAAUUCAACAGCUCAGUCCAGUAAAAAAAAGAGUUAAGGAAAGUACACCACCUAGUAGCUCGAGAAGAUAUUCACCAUCAACUGGGCAAUGGCAACAACAAUCAAUACAAUCACAUCAUCACAGUGGAAAACAUCUUAGUACUCACACCAGUGAACAAUCGCAAACUGCAGCUGUUAAACAGCAGACUAUCACAAUUCAUGACACACCAUCACCUGCCGUUUCAGUUAUUACUAUCAGUGACAGUGAAGACGAAACAGCUGGAAAGUGUACUCAAUCGACUCCACGCAUUGUACAAAAUUCUCAACCAAUGCAUUCAACCGCUAUUCAAUCUCAUAGUAACUCCCAUAAUCCGACAAGAGCUCAGCGUAAGAAUGUCAUUAGUUGCGUAACUGUAGGUGAUAGUGAUGGCGAAGGAAGUCCUGGCAGAGCUCAUGCUUACUUGCAUCAACAAGCCCAUUUAUCACAACUUCCACAAGUUCAACAAGCAACGCAGCACAUCAAACACGAACCACAGUUGCAACAUCACGUUAGCUCUGGUUAUUCUCAACAAUCUCAAAAAAAACGAUUAUUAGCGAAAGUUCAAUCUGAGUGUAACAUGAUGAAUGUUGCGACAAAACCUGAGCCAGGUGUUGAGUAUCUAGCUCCUCAUCCAUGUCACGCACCAUCAUGUAAAGAACCGCCAACUUAUCAGGACGAUCCCUAUGAUAUGCAUAACUACUUAUUGCAGUACGUAACCACCAGCAGUGCACAUCCACAUCUGCAAGAACAGCAUAUAGUUUAUGCAACUGGUGCUGAUAAACGCGUUUCAUGGCCGGGAAAAAGAACAGAGUACAAACACGAGUAUGUGCAGCCUCCAGCCGCGCAUUCUAGAGAUCACCAAAAGUGGACUGUGGCAAAUCCCAUUCAUCAAUAUAGGCAGAACCAGGUCGUAACCUCUGCGACACAUCCAAAUCAUAACCACGGCCACCAUGGACAUUCAGCACAUCUAAGUCCAGGUGGUAGUGGCAGUGGUCGAAGUCCCGCUGCUGUCCCGGUAGUUGGUGGUACCCAACAUUUAGGACAACCUCUCUAUCAAGAAUACGCGCAUGUUCGUUCGCGUGUGCCACCGCCUGUCUAUGUUACGGCAGCACCAUCACAGAAUCCUACUGCAAUCCAACAACAACCAAUGCCUACCUACCAGGGAUUCACACCCGGGUGGGUACCUAGACACCUAGUAGAUACAUGCAUCUCAUCUCCUUUGACAUUGUAUGAGUCUAGCCGAACUUUACCACCACCAGCGCACCAUAGCUCAACACGUCCAUUGCUGACCAGCCAUGCGACUCAUCCAUUGCCUGCUCACAUGCAGCCGACUGCCGUAUAUGGUUUAGCUCCUCUCUCUCCUUCUAAACAUCAGUAUCAGCCAUCCAGUCUGUGGUUCACCGAGUGAUUGGCAUUCUAGUAUAUCAAAGAAAAACGUAUUCUGGAUGAGUAAAAACGUGACUGAAUACACUAAACAAAAUUAUGAUUGACUAUCUACAUACAAAUUGCGUAGAGUGAAAAAAGUAGUGAAUAGUUAUUUUAACGGAAUAAAAUUGUAUUUAUUUUUAAUUUGGAUCAAUAUUUUGCGUUACACAUAAUAUGUAUAAUUAUUUAAAAUUGAUUUAGUACUUCUUAAUGUGCUGACCCCUCACUGAUCGAUACUACGAUUUAUUAAUCCGUCCUGUUCAAUAGAAAUUUUAUCCUCACGACUGAUCAAAAUUUAGUUUUUAGAAAUUAUAAUUUUCAAAUUUUUCUUUAAAAAUUUGAAAACGUUAUAUGAUUGUUUUGCUUCACGUGGAUUGAUAAAUAAUAGAAUUCUUAUAAGAAUACACAAAUGCGUUUGACAACAUCUACUCAAUUUAUCAAAUGUAAAUUUUUGAAGACCAAAUAACGAUUUUAUCUAAAUUUUACUUAGAAGUUUGCCUUAAGAUGUUUUAGACGGAACACUAAAUUCGAGGUACCAUUUACACCAUCGAAAAAACCAUUAGUAAUUCGAGAAAUUACAUUAUAACGAUAAUAAUCUUAUAAUUUUCUGUUUAUAGCAUAGAUAUUAGAAAGUCCAAGGAAAAUAAUUAUUUUCAUGAUACGAUGCUAAUUUUAUUAAAACAUUAUAAAAAAUCAGUUUUUACUAACGAAAAUAGUUAGAAACCAGAUUUUAAUGUUGUGCUUUGUAUAAAUUUUCAUAUUCUAAAAUUCGCAAAUUAACUAGCGAAAGAACUUGAUUCAGGUAUUAUCAGUUCUGUAGUGAAAUGUUCGGAUUAAAUGUUUCUUGAUGCGAACUCGAACCGCAAUCUUUUACUAAUUCAGCUAUAAUUUACGCGAUGUAAUUAAUGAUUACAAUUUUAUUUAUCUAUCCUUUUUCCUUAAAUUGGAAAUCGAAAAUAAAAUUUUAUAUAAUUAAAUUUUUUCCAUAACUUAAUAUUUAUAAUAAGCUUUUACUUCGAUAAACUUGAUUUUGCAUUAAGUACGGUUAAAAUUUGAUUAAUGUUAUUUUGUUAAGAAAUUUAACUCCUAUAUAACCGCCAAUAUUAAUCACAAAUAUUUUAUUAUGAUAGUAAAUUAUAAUAUAAAUAAAUACAAUUUGCAUGAUUGCGAUUUAUAUACUUUUUUACUCAAAUAGGUAUGGAAAUAUGUGCCAAAUAAUAUCCCUUGUUUUAUUUUCAAUCUAUCACAAUUUUAUUUAGCCUUAUUACGGACGUGAUUAAAUUUAAAGUUUGAAUUUUAAAUAUAAAUUGAAUUUUGCUUGUAUAAAUAAAUAUAAUAUAUAUUCAUUCAGAUUUUGUUAGUAGUAGAAAACUGUAAAAUUAUCGUACUUGUAAGUCUUGAGUAUUUUUAAUUGUUUCUAACAGUGAUAAAAACUUUGAAUAUUUUCCUAGCUUUUAAGAAUAUUCAUAUUAAUUCCAUAUUUUUUUACGUUGACAAUUUUUGCAUUUUAAUUUUAAAAGUAAAAAUCUUAUCUUAAAUUUUUUUUGUUUGAUCAACAAAUUAUUGCAUUUUUAAAACUCUUUGAAAACAAGUAUUAAAUAUGUGUAAUCAUAGUUUAUUUAAAUACUUGAAAUCUCACAAAUUAUUAACAAAUUCAUUUUACGAUUGAUAAAUUUGUGAGCAUAAUUAUUGGCGAUUAAAUUUACCUAUUCUAUUAUAAACUCGGCUUUAUAAUUUACUCAAACUUUUUUGAAAAUUUGAUUUAAAAUAUUGUAAAAACGUUAAAUAAAAAAAGUUAAAGGAAAAAAAAAAAAAAAAAAAAAAAAAAAAACAACAGAUGAGAAACGAAAAAUAAUUAAUUACUUCGACUGAAGAAAAUUUUCAAGAAAUUGAAAGAAAGAUAAAAUAAUGAGUGGUUUGGGCUAAAAAAGUUAGAUUUCAAAAGUUUUUUUCUAAAUACGUGUUUAUGCGCCGUAUGUUUGCCCAAUCAUUUAAAAAAAAAAAAACAA